AUGGCCCAAAAGCGACUGAUGAGCGAGCUGCAAACGCUGCAGAAGGAGAAAUGGGUACACAUCGAUGUAGACGAGCGUAAUGUCAUGCUGUGGAAGAUUGGCCUCAUGGUCGUCAACCCUGACAGUGCCUUCAACGGUGCUUACCUCAAGGCUGAAAUGACCUUCCCUCGCGACUACCCGUACCAGCCGCCGACGUUCCGCUUCGUGAACAAGUCCAUCUAUCAUCCCAACAUCUAUACAGACGGAAAGCUCUGCAUUUCCAUUCUUCACACUCCUGGCGAGGACGAGCAGUCCGGCGAGCAGGCCUGCGAGAGGUGGUCUCCGCUGCAGGGUGUUGAGUCUGUGCUCCGUUCGGUUUUGCUACUGCUGGACGACCCCGAGAUCAACUCCCCCGCCAACGUGGACGCUAGCGUUACGUACAGGGACAAGCGGGAGGAGUAUGAGAAGAGGGCACGAGAGACUGUAGAAAAGUCAAAGAAGGACAUCCCCCCGGGUGUGACGAUCCCAACAACGGCGGACUUGGAGCCUGUUCCUCAGAAGACUAUCGACGACGACGCAUUCUGGAAUGAGACGGAUGAUGAUGGUGAUUUCGACCUGGGUGGCAGCGACAGCGAUUUUGACAUGGACGAAUACAAUGAAGAUGAGGACGACGAGGACGCAGAGGACGAUAAGCCCGAAAAAACCGAGAAGCCGUGA